AUGGCAGCGCAAGCUGCUCUAAGCGAAUAUCUCACCAGAGUUGGCCGAAAUCAUUCACGAUUGUCCGCUGAGGAGCGUGAACUGCGCAAGGAGAGAAGGAAGUCGAUGCCACUGCAGUCGUCGUCAGUUCGUCAAAAUUCGAGAAGUGGUGGUAAUGGUGCGAUAAAUCCGAACAUACAGCGCUACGAACGGGCGCAGUUAUUGAAAUUACGUUCGGCUGCGGAUAAAUUAAAUCCGAAAAUAUCAGCAGCAAUACACGAGCUCGAAAUUGCACGCGGUCACCGUGCUUGCGAAUUGGAUAAAGAGCUGAAAUGA